UAAGCCCCAGCUGUGAGAAACUUUCCCUCUCUGUUCCCCCAGUUUAGCUCUGUGCUGAUUACAGUGAUCAGUGUCUGUCCCAUAUGUUGCUGCUUCUGAGAUGCAUCGACUGCUAUUUGAUUUGAAAUAUACAUUUGCCAAAAUACCCUAAUUACUGGAAGUGUAUGGUGCAAGACCAGAGCUCUGACGGAGAAAUGUAAAGAUAAGAAGAUCAGAGAAGGAUACUGGGAGUUGUUACUGUUCUGCUUCCUGCAAGCAAGUUUAGUCAGAAGCAGAAGGAAAGCACUGCUGCAUUACAUCUCUUCUGUGAUCUAUAGGAUCUAUGUAAACUUAGUUUAUUGUCCAUUUUAAGCUGGAAUAAUUUUAGUCUGCCUUUCAGUGGCUUGAGGGAUGAGUUUAGAUUUUUGCAUACUGUGUCAGCUGUGCAUUACCGUUCUUGUACACUUAGUUGCGCUGUGGUGCAUCUGCAGAUAGUACCACACAGCCAUACACCAAAGAAGCAAAGUUCCGUUUCAUAACGAAACGUCACACCCGCUGAACGCUGCUAACAAACUCAGGUCAGACCUGCAUGGUCUGUGACUGUGCACCCAUGUUGCGAUUAGUCACAACGUCGCUAUGCCGCCACUGUCAGCGGGUUCGACGUCUCCCCCCUCUCAGGGCCUUCUCAAACCCGGGAGGCCCAGCAGAGAACCAGGUGACCGUGGAAGCCCUCUAUGACCUUUCUGUGGACAUCCAGAAGAUCCGCCAGCUCAAGGGCUGGGUCCUGCAUCAGAGCCCUGCCUAUGUGAGUGAGACGGCCAGCCUGCUGCGGGACAUGGGAGCAGAGGGGCCCAUGAUUGCCCGGGUCCUGGAGCUCUACCCCGAGGCGGUCCUCUGCAGCCCGGAGCAGCAGCAGGCCCAGAGGGAGCUGUGGAGGUCCAUCUGCCCCAGAGAGAGAGACCUAGUGGGCAUCAUUGAGAAGUUUCCCGCCUCCUUCUUUACCUCCAGUCACCACGCCAACCAGAGGGCCAACAUCGACUUUUUCCAGAGUUUACAUCUAAACAAGCGUAUUGUCACCAAGCUGAUGGCCAGCGCCCCCCAGAGUUUCAGCUGCCCCGUGGGGCAGAACGAGGAGAUGGUCUGCACACUGCAGCAGGCCUAUCUGGAGCUGGGAGGCGACGCAGCUAACAUGAAGAUCUGGCUGCAGAAGCUGCUUAGUCAGAACCCCUUUGUCCUCCUCAAGCCCCCGGAGGUGCUGAGGGACAACCUGCUGUUCCUCAGAGACCGGGGUUUCACCACCUCAGAGCUCCUCCGCCUCCUCUCCAAACUCAGGGGGUUUGUUGUCGAGCUCAACCCGGACAGCAUGCGCCACACCCUGGCCUACUCGCAGGUGACCCUGGGCUGCUCAGAGGCUGAGCUCCGGGACUUGGUCGUCAACUGCCCAGCCUUGCUUUACUACCCUGAGGUCAUCCUGGCUGAACGCUUCGAUGGCCUGCUCAGAGCUGGAGUCACUAUGGCUCAGAUUACACAGACUCCGACCAUUCUGGAGCUGACCACACAGAUUGUAAGUUACCGGAUCCAAAGACUGAGGUCAUAUGGCUAUGAUGUACGGACAGGCAGCCUACAGGCCCUCAACGGCACUAAGAAGGACUUUGAGAUGAGUUCUGGUAAACUGCAGCUGCGACGGGAAAGACCACUCUUCAACCCUGUUGCCCCAUUAAAGGGUGAUGAUUGACCUUGAUUUCAUGGUCUAAAAUGCAGAACAUUCUUAUAUCACCAUAGGGAGAACUUGAAUCACGAUUUUCUUUCAGCUGAAUUGUAUUACUGAGGUUAGGAGACAAGCUUGUCUUGAAAGUAGUCUUGCACAGCAGACAAUUCCUCCCCAAGUGCAUUUAGCCUGGGGAUAAGGUUACCUUGUGCAUUUAGCCUGGGGAUAAGGUUACCUUGUGCAUUUAGCCUGGGGAUAAGGUUACCUUGUGCAUUUAGCCUGGGGAUGAGGUUACCUUGUGCAUUUAGCCUGGGGAUGAGGUUACCUUGUGCAUUUAGCCUGGGGAUAAGGUUACCUUGAAAGAGGCAACGCUUCAUUUUAUCUGUGCAAUAUUUAAAUACUAUUAGGAUAACAACAAUAUUUGGCUAUUAUGAUGCAAUGUUGAAUACGUGUUCAACAGAUGUUUUGCUGUGUGUUGGGAAUUGCCUAUGUAUUGAAAGCCAAUAUGUGUCAAAAUAACCCCCUCAAAACAUCCUAAUAAAACAAUUUGAUUGAU